GGAUUGUCGCUCUUGCAUUGGGCUUGUGAUCGAGGACAUUUGGAUGUCGUUAAAUUAUUGGUCGAAAAAGGUGCCGAUAUAAACCUCUUGACAACUGGAAAUGAGACUCCUUUGCAUUAUGCAUGUAUUUCUGAGCAUCUGGAUUGUGCAAGAUAUUUGUAUAAAAAUGGCGCUAACAUUAUAAUUAAAGAUGAGGAUGGAUUUACAGCUUUUGAACAUUGUAGU